AUGCAAGCCCUCGUUAACACACACCCUCUCACAAAGGUGGAUCCUCAAGAUCUCACAUCACUACCACUUCGUUCCAUACAUUUUCUACAGGGAAACCUAAAGUUCUUCUUGCCCGAGAGCUCCAACUCAGACGAACGCGAAUGCCCUUCUUACGGGGAAAUAACCAUUACCAACAUAGAGCAAGCAAAAGAAGCUCUCAAUUUUGCAGAAGACGGCGCCAACUCCUUUUGGAUUAAGAGAAUACUUGACAGAGCUACCAAUUGGCCUCUCGGACGUAUCGUUGAGCAUAUUCGAGCUUCCGAUGGCCCAGUAAGAUCAGCGAGAGUUAUCACGUCUUCCGGAAAGACGUCCCAUCGUCUUACAACAAAACUCGUUCCACUUGAAAUUCGAAGCAGUCUCGCUGGCUAA